GCCACAGUUCAUUCUCAGUAUUGUCGACGACAAGUAUACAAAUCGGUCCCAUUCUAAACAUCUUAAAUUUAUAAAAAGGAAAAUAGUUUCUUGUUUUGAUGGAGUUAGCAGGAAAAUUUCUGAAGCCCGUCUGGCGGCCAAUGAUGCAGGUAACGCGACUCUAUUGCGAGAAGGCGAUGCGGAGUCUGGUCGCAUUUCCUGUAGCCAAAGUGGAAAGUGGAAAGUCCAAGUACAUGAUGGCCCACGUUUACAUUCAUGGGGAGAUGGGCAGUGCCAAGCAGGUGAUUCGCAGCCAUUCCAAAGCCAAGUAUCAUCUCGAUGUCUAUGAUGAACUAAAAAAGGAGGCUGAGGCAAUGGGACUGUGCACCCAGGGUCUGGGUGGUGGCUACUUGGUUCACGACAAGGAAAAGAAGUACAUCAAGCUGUAUGGAAGGUCACAGGCUCUGGGAAAGGCCGACCACGAAGCCGCCCGUGAAUUACUUCAAGCCAUCUACAACGAUCACAAGAUAGAUGCUGAAUCUGGCGGUAUGGAACCCUAGAGGAACUUAUACUUUUGGUCCGGCCAAUAUUUUCGGUUUUGAGUCUCUAUUGGCUUAAACAUUUAUUAUAAAUUUUGGUCUUAGGACAGUGUAAAUAAUUUCAAUUAAUUAAUAUUAAAUUUAACUCUGGA